AUGAACCGGCUCGGGGCGAUCCCCAGCGCUCGCAGCUGCAGCGGGGUGCGAGGCGGGGAACCGCGGGCGGGGCGGGAAAAGAAAGCGAAAGCGGGCGGCGGAGCAGGAAGCGAAAGCGAAAGCGGGCGGCGGCGCGGGAUGAUGGCGGCGGCGCCGCUGCUGGUGCGGCUGAGCCCUGCGCCCGCCGCCGGCGAGAAGGCGAUCCUCAAGCUCCAGGCGUACUUCCAGUCGGGAAAGCGCUCGGGGGGCGGCGAGUGCAACGUGCGCGCGGGGCCCACGCCCGGCACCUACUGGGUGGAUUUCUUUAAGGAGCAAGAUAGGAAGAGUGUGGAAUCUCGCACGAAACACAAGUUGGAAUUGGGUGCAAAAUGCCUGGAGAUAGUCAUCCUGCCGGGAGAAGGGGACCCGGGCAAGAGCCGGGUUCCAGCGCAGGCCUCUGCCAGCCCCAACAGCGUCGCUGCCAGCCCUUCCCUGCCCCAGCAGGAACAGCGGGACAACGGUGGCUACGGGGCCGCAGCAAGGAAAGACCUUACCAAAAAGAUAUUUCUUACAGUAUCUGCUACUUUGAAUACCAGUAUGUUCACUGAAGACCAAAGAGAGAAAAUUGCCAUUAUUUGUCCAAACUUAAAGAGAGAAGGAAACCCUGGCAUGGAUGGCUCUGAGAAAUUGACAGGAGAUUUUACAGAUAUUGAAAAAGCUUAUCACUACUUCGAGGAUAUCCUUGAAGGCAAAGACCCAAACCAUGAUUUUUCACAUUCUGAAUGUGAGAAUGGUUUGAAAGAUGAAAAUGGCCUGAAUACUGAAGAAAUGGAGGAGCUUACAGUUGUGACAGCUCUCUAUGAGUAUUUUAUUCAUACUCGCAAAGAAGAAAUCAAAGAACUAUACAAAAGGUUUGGAGCACGUGUAAGAGUUAAAGGCCAUGACGAUGAUAACACAUUAAUAUAUGUAUCUUCUGAUAAAAGUCAUGCAUUGUCACAAGCAGCUAGUGAUUUUUUUAUCAAAAUUUUUCAGGAAACUACAAAAGAUCUGACACAGGAAAAAGUUCCCAUAACAAGCAGUUACACAUUAAACAAGACAAUAAUGAAAUUAAAUGAAAGGUUUAGAAAUCUUCUUGCUAAAGAGGAAGGGAAUCAGUUGCUACUCCGUGGGCCAGGGAGUGAGAUUUUAGCUGCUCAGAAAUUUCUAGCAGAGGAAUGUGAGAACAGCCAAGCUGAAAAGAAAAUGAAAAUAUCGUCUGAAUGGUACAAAUACAGAAAUGGAAUUGUAGUUGAUGCUUCUGUUUUUAAAUUGUUAGAAACCAUAUUAAGCAAAGAAAUUGAAAGCAUAAAUGGCCAAUUUGAUACACUGGUAGAAAUAAAAGAGAAUUCACAUGGGCAGAAGGUCAUAAUGUUCAGUCCUAAACUCAAAACUUCUGAUAUGUCAUCACAUGCUACUGAAAGUUUCAUCAAUGCAUUUCAGAGUGCCUUUGCAAUGUUAAGAGAAAAAAUCAUCAGCAUGAAGCUUUCAGAAGAUCAGAAGAAAACUUUAAAUAUGCCAGUAGCAUCUAGGAAGUCCAAUGUUAGACAAAAGAAUAAUCUUUCUUCUGAAGGACAGACUCAGGCAAAGACAGAAGAAAACGAAGAAGACGAGUGUCCCAUUUGCAGGGACAGAAUUAAAAAUAAAGAAACACUAGAAAAAUGCAAACAUGCAUUUUGCAAAAUUUGCAUUGACAGAGCCAUGACUUAUAAACAAGCUUGUCCUGUUUGUAAUACCGUCUAUGGAAUGCUGAUAGGAAACCAACCAGAUGGAAAAAUGACAACUAAAAAAAUCAGUUUGUCUCUUCCUGGUUAUCCCAAUUGUGGCACUAUUCAAAUUGACUAUGUUAUGAAUGGUGGUAUUCAAACUAGCAGCCAUCCAAACCCAGGGCAGCGUUAUGGGCCAGCUCACCGAACAGCCUAUUUACCAGACAAUGAGGAAGGACGAGAAAUUCUGAAGCUCCUCACAAGGGCCUUUAAACAAAAAUUGAUUUUCACGGUGGGGCAGUCACGUACUACUGGUGAACAAAGUGCUAUCACAUGGAAUGAUAUUCACCACAAAACUGCCAUGUCGGGAGGACCUACCCAGUUUGGUUACCCGGAUGCUUUUUAUCUGCAGCGCGUUCGAUCAGAAUUGAAAGCAAAAGGAAUUGAAUAAGGAAAUCUGUCAACUCUCAAGUGUGGUGACUGAGCGUACAGCAUUCAAUGUACUAUUCAAGCUCUGAGGGAAGUUACUUUGUUUAACUGCCAUACUUAAAUCACUUGUAUUUCACAGUUAGCUAAGAAAAGUAAUCUUUUCUCAUCAAACAAUGUAUAUUCUUUUCACAAAUAAUUUACUUCCCUAUAUGUGUAGCCUUUACUGAAUUUGGUUCUUGUGAGUGUUCUAUCAGUAGUGUUUGCAUUUUGUAAAUCUUGGGUUUCCAGCAAAUCUGAUCUGCACUUUUCCUCACAGCUCUCCAGUCUGAUUUCCAAAACCCUUCGAUCCACUACACGCUUAGAUAAAACACUUAAUGUCUGUCAGCAUGCCUAGCAUCAUGUAACCCCUCAAAUGGAAAAUUUUUAUGCAGCUAUGACAGUGUUAGCUGUGAUAAGGCUAUGGCCUUUUGCUUCUUUUUAUGGUAGAAAUGGCAUUAGUGGUUUGGGGUUUGCACGUGAAAUUAGCCAUGGAUCAUGUACAAGUGGGUACAUGGAUGCUUCUGUAUUUUUAGCUCUGCAAAAGUGCUGAGUUCGACCAAAUGGGAAGUAACUGUGUCUGUGACCACAUCUGGUAGUGGGCUCCUUGUUCUGUGCCUGCCAUUGUGCUUAAACUUAAAUGCAACUUUUAAAUCAGUUUUUCAACUAUAAAACUCUGUUCUUUCAAUUGCAUCAAAUAUAGGUUCAAAUUGUAUCGUAAAGUUACUCUGCAGUGCCUAAAUAACCUGUUAAUUACCUGUGUGGUGGUGUGUCACACACACAGACAUCAUUUUGAGUGAGUUGAACCAUUUCUGUAAGCUAUUGAGCACAACUAAUAAAGAAAAUAUAAAAAUACCAUGUAUUUCUGCA